AUGCACGCCAUGUCUCUUUCCAAGGUGACCCUCACCCUCCGUGAGAAGCUCGACUUCCUGCCGGCCAUCGGCUCCAUUAUCCUCACAGCCUUCUAUGCUCUGCUGACAGGGCUCUGGCGCACCGAGCGCCAAGCCAAGACCCUGUUCCUGCAUCUAGGCUACGCGCUAUUCCGCAAAGCGACCGCGCGCCUGUCCCCAGGGCAGAUGCAGUACAUCCUACCCGCGACCAACAAAAUCUACGAAAUCUACACCCAGAAGACGGGCGCGUUCCUCGACUCCGUCGAUCUCGGCAACGGCGCCUUCGGCCACUGGAUCGGGGAUCGCAAUGCAGACACUGUGAUUGUCUGGUACCAUGGCGGCGGCUUCAGCCUCCCCGCCAACAUGGGCUACUACAAAUUUUACACCCAGCUCGUCCGCGACCUGCGCGCCGCCGGCAAAAGCGUCGCCGUCUUCAGUCUCUCCUACACCCUCGCCCCGACCGCGACCUAUCCCACCCAGCUGCGCCAGGCUGUGUCCUGCCUCGCGCACGUUCUCCCCACCCGCCCGGCGUCCCGUAUCUUCCUUGGAGGUGACAGUGCGGGCGGAAACCUCGUCUCCGGUGUCCUGUCGCACCUGGCACACCCACACCCGGAAAUUGAGCCCGUGGACUUGAAGGGAAACCUCGCCGGUGCGGUCAUGGUCGCGCCGUGGACGCUUAUGGACGUCGAGUUCCCGGACAUGGAGGUGUACCAUGGUGGAGAUAUCAUCACGACUGCGGUCGCGGGACCAUGGGCCUCCGCGUAUGUCGGAUCGGCGAAGCGGGACUAUUACACGGAUCUGUCGACGGCGCCUGCGGACUGGUUUAGCACCUUCCCUGUGGACUCGGUGUUGAUCACCGCGGGCGGAAAUGAGAUCAUGUUGCCUUUGAUCCAGGACUUCGCGGCGAAGUUCAAGGAAGGCUUCGAGAGAGUCGAGCUGUUCGUUGGUGUCAGGGAGUGUCAUGUUGCGCCGGUCUAUCACCUCGAGCUUGGCGAUGCGACCAAGACCGAGCAGGGUAAGAAGAUCGAGAAGUUCUUGGCAGACCUGAUGCCUUGA